AAUAUUAAACCCCACCACAGGGUUGUAUGUUAUUAAAUGGUGUAAGUUCCUGUAUACGUGCCAAAAUCCCUCCCACCGCUCACGCCGCCCCUGUCUUAUGCAGCCCUGCGCCUAUCGCAUAGUAUGUCAUCCAUCCACACGGGCCCUCGUGGGCAAAACGUGCCAUCGUCCCCCCCCAAGAAAACUCCCGAGUCGCCGCUCUCCGCCGUACGUGUGUGUGUGCGCGCGUGGUUGUAAAUACCCAAGUCUGCUUUCGACAAAUUCGUAAAUCGCGGGCAUGCUCAUGUGUUUGUUGUACAAAAGCCCCCCCCUUUCUCAUAUCUGCUGUGCGCCAAACAACCAGCACUCUAAUCCUGUGCUACAGUUUGCUGUGGUUCUUGUCAGCAUGCCGGUGUAUGUGAUGUCAAACAGGGAUCACCAUGUCUCAAAACUUACCGACAGCCAGUUCAUUCCCUCUUCCACACCAGAGCCAUCAACGGCACUGCAAGGGACGAUGCUCCAGUUUCUGUCCCUCAGCUCGCCAAGCCUGAGCGCCUGAGAGAUGUCCGCCGCACCCUUCGCACCCGGUUGAUCCUGCUUGUUGGCAAACACCAACAGCGCGGCAUCCUUCAGCUCAUCCUCGUUCAGCAUGGCCGCCAACUCAUCCGCCGCUGUCUGCAACCGCUCGAUAUCGGUCGAGUCCACCACGAAGAUGACCGCCGCAGUGUUGGCAUAGUAGCAUCUCCAGUAUGGCCUGAUGCUAGUCUGUCCACCAAGAUCCCACACGUUAAAGUUGAGGUUGUUGUAUGUGACGGACUCGACGUUGAACCCGAUCGUUGGUAUCGUUGUUACUACCUCGCCGAUCUGCAAGUCUUUGUUAGACUAAAACUCCUCCUGUGUCAAGGAUGGAGAAAAGCGCACCUUGAGUCUGUAGAGAAGUGUGGUUUUGCCGGCGUUGUCCUGGAAGCGCGGCCGUCAGUAUCGCGUGCGCAUAGAAACGGAUCAGGGGUCGGGAAGGCGAACCAGUCCGAGAAUCAGAAUCCGGAUUUCCUUCUUUGACGAAAAGAAGCUGGACAAGGAACCGAGCCAUGACAUGGUUUGCCCCAUCUUCGCCCUGCUGUCGCCCGGAAGUUCCGGCGCGUGGUUUGUGGUUGGAUAUGGGGUUCGUCGAAGUUUGACAGGAGAAUGUAUCGCGGACCGAAUCCACCGACAAGGGAGAUCCGGAGCGGAUGACGAUGCGAAAUCUGGCCCGAGAGGGGAUGACGGCGCCUGGUGUGUGGGAGAGGAUAUCGGGAGGUGAAAUGACCGGAUCGCUUGAGUAUGGAAUUCCCAGUUGCCCCCUAUCUUAGAGUAAAGGUGUCAAGAAAUUUCGGUCUCGCAGGUUCAUGCAACUUUGGUCCCGUUCAUGAAAGAGGCCGCUUCUGGUCGGGCUAUCUGUAUGGCUCCCCCUGUCAAGUGAAUCGCGGGUGCACGGUCACUGCCCUGCUUGAUUGGCAGACAAAGCCGACAGGGGUCAAAAAGCUUGAAACCCCGGUAAGGUUUUCAAGCCACACUUGACCGCUCCCAUGAGCCACUGUUCUGCCGGCACGUGAUGGAGUCACCAGCCACAACAACCGGCCCUAGCUUGUGCGCAUUUUCUAAAGCCCACACCAAAUAUUCGGAUUCCAACCCACCUUGACGAAGCAUCGCGAAAUUGACACCACUCGGUUAUCACGACAACCACCGUCAAAAUGCCGAGCCACAAGACUUUCCGGACCAAGCAGAAGCUUGCUAAGGCCCAGAAGCAGAACCGUCCCAUUCCCCAAUGGAUUCGCCUCCGCACUGGUAACACUAUCAGAUACAACGCCAAGCGGAGACAUUGGCGCAAGACCCGCCUCGGCCUCUAAAUGCACUUUUUCUCAACCUCGCCUCUGCUCCUCAUUCGACCCUCAAGAUACAUCCACAAGCAAGACUCGGCUCACCAGCCCUUUUUUUGCUUGCUCGCUUCUCCCCUCCCGCGAACAGUUCGACCAAGACCAGACGAAACGAGGACCCGAUGUUUUCUCUAACUCUUUCGGCUGCAAUGCCUAUGCCAUUUGGGCGUCCGUUGCAUGAGUAACGGCACUACUGUCAACAAUUCCGACCAAAUGCGCCAUGCUUGAUUUUUUGUCUUGGUGUGGACCAGGAAUUUCAAACAUAUCAAUGAACGAAUCGAAGUGGGAACGGACUGAGACAUCACAGGCGAUGGGGAAAGGAAAAAGGGUUAUCGUGCAUUUAGUUCUGGCAUGCGGGCAAGCAAAAACGGCAGGCAGGUUCUCAUUGGGCGUAUUAAUUUGCGGCUUUGGUAUCUAAAUGAAAGGGUCUCGGGUUUUUUCUCUCCUGCCGAACUUUGAGAUUCUCAAACGGAGUAUUUGUCUGCCAUUGGUAUUCUUUCUAGGGUCACCAUUGGGGAGAACUGGACUGAUGCGUGCAAGAGAGAAAACGGCGGCAUGAUUGCUUGAUGAUGAGGCUUGGCCGUGGUAUCGUGUAUGUGAUGGUUGUCGACGU